CCUAAUUAUCCUAUCAUUGUGCCAUAACAGUCCCCCUGUUUUUGUAGCACCACUCACCCAUCUUGGAGUCCAGAAUUUACCUAAUAGAAACUGCUUGUUCGCUGCGACAUUUUUCACAGUUUUCAGCGGUUUUGGCUUCGACCGAUAUCACUCUUUCAGAUUCAAUCAAUAUUUGCUGCAACUAAAAGAUGAGAAGAGAACUGAUUAUCGUUUUGGUGAUGCUUCUCGCGAUGGGUUGCCUAGCGCAAAGGAGAGGUGGCGGCAGAGGCACGAGAAGGUCAAAGAGUAAAAUGCAACUCGGCCUACCGGUCACAGGCAAAUACCGAGACCCAGAAUCGGACAGAUAUUACAACAACAACAACGGAGCGAAAAUCAUAACUGCGUCGCACUUCGACUACGAAUACGUUCUCGGCCACAAGAUAGCAUUCCUGUGCGUCGCCAGAGGAAACCCGAGGCCGCACAUCACCUGGUUUAAGGACGGAGUCGAGCUCUAUUCCCACCUCUAUUUCCACGUCCACGAAUGGAAAAUAGGGAAGGACAGGGUCAAGUCCAAACUCGAGAUCGAUCCGGCAACCCAGAUGGACGCCGGUGUUUAUGAGUGUACUGCGGACAACAUGUAUUCGAUAGACAGAAGAAGUUUCAAGACUGAUUUCAGCAUAGCCUUCGAUUAGCACUUUCUGCGGGUUUUGGAUUUCGCUAUUAGCCUGAGAUUAAUGUCUUGUCUGUAUCGACCUAUUGUAAAUAACAAGUUGAAUCCAAAGAAUUUCUUUUUCGUUGGUAUCGAAAUGAAUUAACGCCUUUCAUGUUUGUCGUUAGUUCAUAAUUCACGUUUAUUUUCUGAUGUAUUUGUAAUGUUGUCAAGUUAAUGAUAGAUAAUGAAAAUACAAUAAUCAAACUUUUUCUUUUA